ACUCAACACUUACGGAUAGCUAGUAAUGCAUUUAAGUUAUUUGAGCGAAAAGUGCAAAGAUAGUGGAAUUUUGAAUAAAUUGCUAACACAAAAUGAAUGAGGAGACUCCAGCCUCAAUUUAUACAAUAUGCCGCACCUGUUUGUCCAACUUGCAAGAAGAUGAAUUUUUCGACUUGUUUGUUGUUCCGGACCUGGCCAAGAAGUUGUGUGUGUGUACUUCGCUGUCGGUGGAGCACCUGGAUGGAUUACCUAGAAACCUCUGCACCUCUUGUCACAGCCGUCUAAACGAUUUGCAUGACUUUCGGAAGCAAUGCGUGGAAUCUGUGCAGAGAUUCAAGGAGUUGGUGAUAAGCAACAACAUUUCAUUACAGUCAAAUCCGACGGACAGCUUUGAAGAGCUGCCUGAUCCACUUUUGCAUACAAAAAUUGAUGUUAAUAAUGAAAAGGAUGUUUUCAAAAUGCUGGAAGAUGUCGACAAGGAAUCCGAGGAUAUAGAUAAUCUGGAGGAUGCAUUUAAUGACAGUGGAAGCGACUAUAACAAUGAAGAUGCGGACUUCCAAGUGGAUAGCAGCGAUUCCGAUGAUGAGAUGCCGCUGUCCCGCCUGCAAAGUAAAGCCAGAGCCACAAAGACCAAGACCAAAAAGAGGGAUGAAGAGCAUAAAUCGUCCGAACCGAAUGAUGCAGAUGAUCCCAAAGAGAAACCGAAACGCAAGCGAAUUCCAGCAACUGAGCUUCAUUUGCAACGCUUCCUUGAAUGUCACGUCUGUCGUAAGAGGUUCAAGAAGAAAUCAUGUUAUGAGGAGCAUAUAAAACACCACAAUGAUCAAUUGCCAUUUCAGUGUACAGUGGAAACCUGUAAACAGGGAUUCACGCAAUUCGCAGGACUGCGUCAUCACAUGGAUCACAAGCACCCGGAACUCUGCGAACGUACAAUCGCCUGUACAAUCGCUGGAUGCAAUGAAUCCUUUCCACGCAAUAUCAUGCUCACAAAUCAUUUAAAGAAGGUGCAUAAAAUUCUAAAACCGGAGGCUCGUAGACAUGCAUGUACGGAAUGCGACAAAGUAUUCCGUAAUCCAACGGUGCUCAAGAAGCACAUGUAUAAGCACACUGGCGAGGCGCCGCCCAUUGCAUGUAACCUCUGCGACAGACGCUUUCACAUGAACUGCGAGCUCCGGGAUCAUCUGCUGCGUCAUGCCGGCGUCAAGAAUCAUGUGUGUCCACACUGUGGUGUGGGCAAGACCACAAAACAGGAGUGGAAGAAACACAUCUUGACGCACACACGGGAGAAGCAGUUCCAGUGCCGGCAGUGCGAUCAUGCCUCCCACAACCAACAGGCUCUGGCCAAUCAUGUCAAGGUCGUCCACAUGAAGAUUAAGAACUUUGCCUGCCAGUACUGUGGCAGGAUCUUUGGCAAAUCCCAUGCCUGCAAGGUGCACGAGAGACUGCACACGGGAGAGAAUUGCUGCAAGUGUAAGAUCUGUGGCAAGGUCUUUCUCUUCGAGAAGAGAUUGACAAAGCAUCUGCAGGAGAUGCAUAAAGGAGAUGCUAAAGGAGAUGCGGACAAGGAGCUUACAGAGCCAAUCGACAUGAAGAACGAACCAAGAAUUCCCGUCAAGCGGAGAGCUCCUGCCAAGCCAAAGAAAUCACGAAAUCAAGAAAAAGACCAAGAAGAGAUACCCAAAAUAAAACUGAAUAAUCAACGAACAAAGAACUAUGAGCAGUAUCAAGAUCCAGCUGCGGAACGAGCGGCUGCAGCGGCGGAGUUAAUGGCCCAGCAGCAGGGCGAGAUUGAGGCGAAGCGCAGGGCGGAAGAGAAAGCCCGGAAAAUUCAGGAGGCAGCGUGCGAGGAACUCCAGAAAUUGCAGCAGCAGCAGAUUUCCUAUGACAGCUUCGCUGAAUGAAACUCUGAAUAUAGUAUUGUAUUAGUUCACCGCUAUAGCGAUAAUAUUUCAAAUUGAGUACCAUAUAAACUUAAUGUACAAAC